AUGGACCGCGGAUUAAACGAGCUCCUCAAAUGGAGUGUCGAAAACUCAGAAGCCUCGCGACAGUCAAUUGCAAACAUCAACGAUGAUCCGACCUCAGUACCUCCUCCUACGCUCAAUGGCUUAAAUGAAGCAGCUUUGAGGGCUCUAAUGGGCGGGCCGUCAGAUGCCGACCUCAUGAAAGAAUCCAUGGCGGCCUUGCUCUCCGAGGAAGUUGAUCUAGAGAACAAGUUGGUCGCAUUCGACAACUUUGAGCAAUUGGUUGAAAACAUCGAUAAUGCAAAUAACAUGGAACCUCUGGGCCUAUGGACGCCUCUCGUGGGACUGCUUCAACACAAAGAAGCUGAUAUGAGGCGCAUGGCUGCGUCGUGUAUAGGCACUGCAGUUCAGAAUAACGAGAAGGGCCAAGAUAAAUUACUCGUCCUAAACGUCUUACCAACCUUGGUGUCGCUUGCCACAACCGAUCCAGACCCAAAAGUUCGCCGAAAAUGCGUGUAUGCACUUUCCUCCGCCAUUCGAAACUUCCAGCCCAAUAUGGAUGAAGUCCUGUCGCAUUUACCUGCCGAGUACAAGACAUCGGAUCAUGUGGACGCUGGAGAUAUGGAGGCCAUCGACGCGAUCUUGAAUAAGCUCCGAGGUGCUGCUCCAGUCUGA